CCCCCGCCGUCAUGAAAGCCGCCCAACGCCAUGAACAUCGGCCGCCGCCAUGACGCCCUCCCGGACCGCGACCCCCGCAGCAACGCCGCCACAGCCGCCUCGGCAGCCGGUGUGCGUGCCCUGAGCGCCCAGGUCGUCGCCUUUUACUUUCGCGCUCCCGCAAAGGCGUUUUUCCGCACCAGGGUGGAUUACCUCGCUUAUGCGAGGACUAUUCACCAAGCCAGGACGAAGCGGCUCAUGAAGGCUGUUAUGAGUGAUGCUAAUGCUUCGCCGCUUACUGUGUUUUUGAAGAGGAGUUGGUUGUUGUUGAGAAGUACGACGCCGGGUGUGUUGACUUCGGCUAUUAGUCAACAGGGAUGGGGGAUUAUUCCUCAUCAGAUUUUACCGCCUCUUAUUGCGAAUGUUGGUGUUGGUGCUGUGUUGUAUACGAGUUACCUGCAAAUCCUAGGACGUCUACACGAAGAGAGUGGCCAAGCGAGAAAGAGGGUGUAUCCUCCACCGCAACCAGUGCACACCUUUACAGCAGGUCUACUCGCGGGUGGUUUACAGAGCGUUGUCGCAGCUCCGCUGGAUGCCCUCCAGGCAAGGUACGACCACCGUGAUAUGAUGCCCAACGACGGCAGUGGCAAGCCUCGGAGUAUGUGGACGUUUGGCUCUGAGAAGCUGCGUGAAAUUGGUCUGAGGGGAAUAUUUGCUGGAUGGGGACUUUCCCUCGCAAAGGACAGUCUAGGGAGCGCCAUCUUCUUCAGUAUAUUCGAGUACGUCAAGGCGCAGGGUUAUUAUCGCUUUGUAACCUGGUACUAUGGUGGUCUUGCGGAGGACAUUGUCGACGUGCUCGCCAUGAAGCGGCCAACUCACCAACACAAAAACGAGGGCAUCACACUCAUCCGACCUCAUUAUACGAUCGAGCCAAUGUUUCUCCUCAUGGCCGGCAUCAGCGCCUCCUUCUCCCAACAAGUCCUCCUCCACCCCCUGACACACUUCCAAGUCAAGCACUGGGACCACCUCGAAGACCUCGACGCAAAAGCCGCCAAGCUGCGCGCCUCGGCAGUAGCAAACCCCGACAAACCACGUCGGCACUGGAGGAUGCUUCGAGCCUAUUACCACGCGUAUCAAGAGUCUCUCGCGGUCUGCACAGCCGAGGCGAAGAGCGAAGGUCUAAGCCUGACAAAGUGGCUGUACCGAGGAUUCUGGUGGAACGCGAUCCGGCAGGUGCCGAGCACGAGUGCGGGAUUGAUCAUCUUUGAGCUGAUUCGGCGCAAGUAUGGAUUUGGACAGGAGGAGGUGAGGAUCACCAAGGAUGGGUACGAUAUUCUUCUCCACUGA